AUGGCGAAGGAGCGCCACAGCCUCACUGUCUCCGACCUGGAAAAGAUCGCCUCGCUGUCUGCCGGCUAUUCGGGCGCCGAUCUGCGCUACUCAAAUGUUCGAGAAGAACACUAUUGUAAUCAUAAUUCUUUCUGUCCCGCCCAGGCUCGGUUGCAGCUGGUGACUCGCCUGAUGGCGAAGGAGCGCCACAGCCUCACUGUCUCCGACCUGGAAAAGAUCGCCUCGCUGUCUGCCGGCUAUUCGGGCGCCGAUCUGCGCAACGUGUGCGCUGAGGCGUCGCUCGGCCCCAUUCGGUCGAUCGACGCGGCGCUCAUCGAGCGCGUGAGGGCCGACGACGUGAGGCCGCUGGAGAUGAGGGACUUUGAGGGAGCGUUGGGAAGAGUGAGGUCGAGCGUGUCGCCGGCGGAUUUGGAGCGGUACCCUGUUUUGUCCAUUACUUUGACUAUUAAUAACCUGAAAGAGGCUCGUGAAUGUCUUAAGAAGGCAAUAACGGACCAGAAUAUCCCGUUGGACCUGGCGGCAUCCUUCUUAUAUUACUACUUUGAGACCAUUGUGUGUCAGAACACAGAGACUUGGAAGUCGUAUGGGGUGGAUAUCGCACCUAAGGAUGCUAACGUGACUCCGCUCAGUCUGUUAACAGUUCGGCAAGUACAAAACAUCUUGGAAUACCCAAAAACCGAACAAGUCAGACAAACCGACGACCCCUGGAUGGCCAUCUAUGUUUUGGGGAUCUACAGAUGCGUGAGGGCUAAAGCGGCAGAUUAUAAGUCGCAGAUAGCACAACGCAUUACGACUCAGAUGAAGUCAGUAAGUGCGGCAGCGACGGACAUGACGGAGGCAGUCAGUAUUUACCAGUCCUGGGAGAAUAACCGGACAUACUGCACAUUAGUUGCUGCAGCCGAUAUGUUCUUCCACCGAUUCCCAAAUCAUCAUCUAUCCAACAUGCGCAUCGGAACGACAGGGUCAAGGUAUAAGGAUUGUGCUGCCUUGAUGUCCUUGGGAUAUAUAAUGGACUUAUUAGGCUUAGACAACUUGUCUGACUUAUUCGAGUGGGUCUUUCUCAACAAAAUCGGAGAUGAGAUAGACUCCAUGAUGAAGGAGAACGAAGAACUAUGUGAUCAGUACUCAUAUUUUCCCUAUCAAGUUGACCUCGGUCUUGUCAAUAAGUCCAAAUAUUCGGCAGCCGCCAAUCCACACUUUUUUGAAUUCAUACAUUUGAUAGGAUGUCUGUUAAGAUCCCAAAGGUCUAUGAAUGCGCGUCACAUAUGUGACUCGCAGUCCAUGGACAUGUUACAGAAUUCCGCAUGCGUCGCAUAUGUAUACUCACAUACUUUCAAAGUGACCAAGGUGUAUGCCAAAGAUGAGGAGGAAUUGAAAGCCCUACAGGCAGUAGAGGAAGAAUUGAGUGAUUAUGAUCCGUGGCAUGAACUCACAAAUGCCUAG